AUGAGCACUACGAUCGAAUCCCAGACCGAUCCCGCUGGUAGUCCGGCCCCCAGUGCCACUGGCUCAACAGGUACCUCCGGCAUCACCGUGCGCAAUGGUGCUGCGGGCCAAGCGCUCAGCUUUAGAAGACAACGUGCAUCACGCGCGUGCGAGACAUGCCAUGCUCGAAAAGUCCGUUGCGAUGCCGCCAGCCUAGGUGUGCCGUGCACAAAUUGCGUCGCCUUCUCCAUCGAAUGCAAGAUUCCCUCCCCGAAACGAAAGAAGAACUCCACCAAAGCAAAAGACGACACUCGGUAUGACAGCCCACCUCACACAGCCUCCUCGCUAGUCGACGCGGCGGUCGCUCACUUCCGACCCUCCAGUACUGAGGAGUCGAUCGACAAUCCGCCGAAUGACCAACGAGGACAAUCCCCGGACUCAGACCAAAAGGACGAUGCAUUUGGGUACCGCAAGAACCGCAUGGCCGUCGAUGGCAUGCCUGUCACAGAUCUGUCCGAGGCGGAGGCAGCCCAGGAAGCUUCGGUCAAUAAUGCCUAUGCCCAAUUCAUGAAACCCAAGUUUGCGCGGGCGCCCAUCAAAGAAGCCGGUCGCGUGGCAUACCUUGGCGAAUCGUCCAACUUGUCACUACUGGUUCAGGAUCGCCAUGGAACAACAGACGUCGUGCAUUACCCGCUGCCGCCGAAUAUCAGAGGAUCGCGUGCUCGCUUGACAGACCUCGACAAUUUGGAGAUUGACAUUCUACACCAAAGAGGAGCCUUUUUGUUGCCGCCGAAGCAACUGUGUGAUGAGCUGGUCGAUGCUUACUUCAAAUGGGUGGCGCCGGUUGUCCCGAUUAUUAACAAGAGUCGCUUUAUGCGUCACUACCGUGAUCCAAAGAACCCGCCGUCUCUACUGCUGCUGCAAGCCAUACUACUGGCGGGCUCCAGGGUUUGCACGAAUCCUCAGCUCAUGGAUGCCAAUGGAUCGACCACUCCGGCUGCGAUGACCUUCUAUAAGCGUGCUAAGGCGCUGUAUGAUGCUAAUUAUGAGGAUGACCGGGUCACUAUUGUGCAGGCUUUGGUGCUUCUGGGCUGGUACUGGGAAGGACCGGAAGAUGUGACCAAAAACGUGUUCUACUGGACUCGGGUCGCGAUGGUAGUUGCUCAAGGUUCGGGAAUGCACCGCAGUGUUGAAACCUCUCAGCUUAGUAAACCCGACAAGAGACUCUGGAAGAGGAUUUGGUGGACACUUUUCACCCGGGAUCGCUCAGUUGCCGUGGCCCUGGGCCGACCUAUUGGGAUCAACACUGAUGAUUCAGAUGUUGGGAUGGUAACAGAGGACGACUUCAUCGAAGAUGAACUCGACGUUGUAGCCGAGUACCCGCCAGAUCCGGUGCAUGUGCAGUUCUUCCUGCAGUAUGUCAAGCUGUGUGAGAUUAUGGGUCUGGUGCUUUCACAACAAUAUUCCGUGGCAUCGAAAUCCCGACGCAUGAAUGCCAUGGACCUCACACACUCCGACAUGGCCCUGGCAGAUUGGUUACAGAAUUGCCCCAAGGAGGUUUGUUGGCAACGAUCUAACCACCACUUCUGGGCUGCUCUCCUUCAUUCGAAUUACUACACUACGCUUUGUCUUCUGCAUAGAGCUCAUAUGCCUCCUGCUUCCUCUGCUCCUAACAGCUACAGAGUCGAAGAAAUGGCGUACCCAUCGCGCACUAUUGCGUUCCAAGCUGCCGGAAUGAUGACUUCGAUUAUCGAGAAUCUGCACAGCCACGGAGAGCUUCGUUAUACCCCAGCUUUCAUCGUGUACAGCUUAUUCUCCGCUUUGAUCAUGCAUGUGUACCAAAUGCGCUCCUCAGUUCCCUCAAUUGUGGCGACUUGUCAAGAGCGUAUCAAUGUGUGCAUGGCCGCUCUCAAAGAUGUUUCUAAGGUGUGGCUAGUCGCGAAGAUGGUCAAUACCUUGUUUGAGUCUAUCCUCGGCAACAAAAUUCUGGAGGAGCGACUUCAAAAGGCGGCAGGCAGGCGGCAUCAGCGACGGCCGCAUGACCACAACGCAAAUGCAAACACAGCCGCCCCUAAGAGACCAGAUCCGCCGAAGCGGAAGUUCGAUGAUAUGGAUCUGGGUUUGCCAAAUGGUGGGCCUACGCCUCCCGUGUCAUAUGAGCGUUCUCGCCCACAAACCCCGGCUGUCACACCGUCUCGGGAAUUGAAUCAGCCUCCUCUGGUUCAGACAUCUCCCAACAUGCACCGUGGCCCUGCGGACCCCAUCUCUGGAGCCGCCAACUCACGGAGCAAUACACGACCGACAACCCCCUUCAAUGCCCAGUUCUCCCUCCCCGCCACGCCACCUGACUUCUUCCUUGUGACUCGUGCCUCGCCCAACCUGUCCCCAUCUCUAUGGGAGAACUUCCAACCUGACCAACUCUUCCCCGACGGCACUGCGAUCUUCCCCGAGCUGACAUCCCCACCUCCCGCCAUGGAUCCAACGCUAAAUAUGCCCUCUCUUCCCUCUCAGAAUAUGGGCCAGCGGCCUAUGGGUAACCCGCAACAACAGCCCGUCCACGGGCGUAGUAUGUCUGCAUCUCAGGGUAGCCCUCAAAUGAUGCAGGGUGGUCCCGGAGGCAUGGGAAUGCCAACAGGCCCGCAGCAGAUGUUCGGAAUGGAAGGACAGACUUGGCCGAUGCAAGGCAUGGAUGGGACGAUGAGUGGUGCCGCGCUGGACGCUGGCAGCCAAGAUAAUGACAACUGGAGCAACAGUUCUCGUAGUGGACCGACUGCGCCGACGACCUUGAAUGUGGAAGACUGGUUUCAAUUCUUUGGUAUUAAUGGUGGCUUCGGUGAUUUGGCUGCCUAG